AUGGCUUCGCUUCAACAGAUCCUCCAUGUUCUUUACCAAUGGCAAUGGUUACCCCUUUUGACAGUUCUAUUCAUAACCUACACUAUAUACUACUUGUUUCAUGUCGUUCAGAAACCGCGCUUGAUCGGCAAGGAAGGUCGUUUACGGCAGUUCAUUCUGCAAAGUUGUCCGAUUGUCAGCGAACAAUAUUGGCCUACUUUCUGGUGCUUCGGUGCAAGAGCUCAAACUGUCAUAAGGGCUUUACUCCGAUCUAAGCCAUCAGUUCCUUAUCGAAGGUAAGGUACUUGUCUUUGUGCACAUUUGGAGCGAUCUUAUCAUGUAAAGGCUCGAAGAUGUUGAAAAUUUCGAAGUUUUACGUUGCGUUUUUCCGGCCAAUCGAACGCUGUGGCUUCAGCGUUUACCGGCUUUUGCCGAUUAAAUAAUCUGAGUUCGCAUUAUCUGCAGGAUUUUAUUCAUAAACUUUGAGGCAUUUCCUGACAAGAUUACAAAUAAAAUUGAGGUCACUUAUGAAAGACGAGACGGCCAUCUCAUUCCACCUCUUGGUAGUGUUCGUAAAAUUGAAAAGGUAUCUGAAAUUGAUGAAAAACGAGCAGAAGAACAUUAUCAUGAUUACAUAAUUUGUUAAUUGCACCUGCAAGCAAUCGAAUAAUAAACAGGUUUGAAAAUUUAUGCUAAAAGUUCAUUUUUAAUUUGGUAACAUAGUAUUAGACGACAGAGGUAACACAAUUUGUCAAUAUUUAAGCGCAUUCAUCAAAAAAAUUAACAUGAAUUUUGUGUGCUCAAAAUGAAAAUUUGGAGUAAUUUCUAAAUGCAACUUACGGUGGUCCACAAUGCACAAAAUAGAUUUACAUGUAAUGUUUUAAAAUAUUUGCUUUCAUAUUUUGAUUUGGAAGGAAAUAGUUUUGUUUUUCGGUUUCAUCCCUUUAUUUUAUAUUAGAUAAUUUUCUUUCAUCAGACUAACUUUGUUAUUAUUCCUGGUAAAAGGUUUUACCAACAAUUAAAAUAUUUAGAGGUGUCAUAAUUCAAACUGACUUUGUUUCAGUUCAGUUGAGGUCAAAAUCAAGUUAAAAUAUCCUUACUGGUAUAAACUGAUGAGUUCUAUUGCAAAUUCUGCAAUCUGAAAGGUUACACUUUUUGCCCUCUACCCUUCAAGAUCUCACAAGUAAUUCUCCUUACUAUCUGCUAUACAAUUCUCAUGAUGUCAAUUUGGAGAUUUGGUAUUGGAUCAACUGAUAAUCCCCUAAAUGAUAUUUUGCUCUAUUCUCAUCACUUCUAUGCUUGAUAUUGUAUUCAUAUUGUGAGGAGAAAUUCUCUCUUGGUCACUCAAAGUGUUAAUCGUUACAAUGCUAGUCUCUAGAGCAAGGGAAUUCUUUAGUUAAAUUCUAAUGACCUGCUUUAUUUUCUAUUCAUACCUGGAAAAUAUUCUUUAAGAGUUUGUCUGAGCAAUGAAUAAAAAGUACUUUCUCUUUUUUAGGGAGACAUUAGAGACCCCAGAUGGUGGAAUUGUUUGUCUUGAUUGGUUUGAUAAUGACGAUAGCACUAUUUAUAAAGAUGCAACAUCCAGACCUACUGUCCUAGUAUUACCUGGUUUGACUGGUAAGCACUAUCAGUAAGAGUUCUCCAUGAGGCAGCUAAUUUCUGGGUUUGUUAGCAGUUAGCCUCCCUGAGGUGAUUAACAUGUAACUUCUCCCUAAAAUAUCUAUACAUUGUCCAGCAAACAGGUAAUGACAAUACCCAAAGUUAUCAGGUAGAAGUGGUUAUCUUGAUCUAACACCAAAUUCUCACCACUCAAUUACAAGGAAAUAUGUGGCAGCUAGAGGAGAGAAUUAACAAUUAGAUCUUGGGGGUGAAAGGGGUAUAAAGGGUUAAGGCUUUAACUCCCAAGAUAGAAUUGUUAAUUCUCCCUUCUAGCUGCUGCACAUUUCCUCUGAUAAUUAGUAACAAGAAGAUUGUGUAAGAUCAAAUAACAACUGACUAAUUUAACAACAAAUACUUGAUAAAUUUGAGUAUUCUCAUCACCUGUUUGCUGUAUAAUGUAUGGAUUUUAUAGGGAGAAGUUACAUGUUCAUCACUUCUGGGAGUUAAAAGGUUAUGGCUUUUUUAUGACAGUGCACAAAAAUGGUUUUUCCUUACAAUUUCAUCGUAUUCUCAAGCUGAAAGAACAGCAAAAAGAAAUUAUCAUUCAGGGGAAGGCAGGUGUUUUUAUGGCAAGUUCUAAGAUUUGCAAAUUAUGAGAGAUGUAUGGUAAAAAGUAAGGAGAAAAGUUAUUUAGAUCUUUGGAAUGAAUGAGUGAUGUGUACCUCCAAACUGGCAGGCUUUGGGCAUGACUCUGAACUUCAAUCCCUGGCUUGUUAAUGUUUGCCGACCAGCCUCAAGGGAAAAAAAAAACUUAUGCUCUCGCAGCCUUAACUGACAACAAAAGUGACACUUUUGUCAAAGAUGACAGUGGAAGAAAGAGCCACAAAAUAUUUGUAAGGUUUUUUGCCUUUUUAUUAUUUUUAGAUGGUAUAUUUCUAAAUUGUAAACUCAUUUUUCUCAGGUGGGAGUGAAACAAGCUACAGCAGACACUUGGUGCUACUUGGAAAAAAACUUGGAGUUAGGUAAAGUUAGUCUGUCAAAAAGUAGACAAAUAGUAUACUGGUCAAUAAAUGUUUUAAUAUGCAAUUGCAUAACAUUCCUUUUGCUAUUUGAACUAGUUGGUCCUCUAAAAUAAGUUUCUCUUCCCCUGUAAAAUUCUAAGAACUAGAAGUUUAUGAAGUGAAAUGUGGGUUUUUCAUCGCUUGAAAUGAAAGGGGACUGGUAAGGGACAGGACAGAGAGUAAAAGAGAAAUGAAAAAAAUGCGAGAAUUUGUUAAUCAUUAAUCUGCUGUGUUUUGUUGUUGUUGUUGUUGUUGAAAAGAGCUCAAACAGGAAUCAGUUUUGCAACCCCCCUCCCUUACUAAAAUAUGAACAUCAAACUAUUGACAACAAACUUUCAUUUUUUCACAUUUCACUAAGCUCAAGGUCCUUAUUGUAAGUUAUGGACCAAGUAUCUUCUGUUCAGAUGUAUAUCCCAAGCUGGAGGUUCUGUAACAUACAAUGUGUACUGAGAAAUUAAGGUCGUUGACAUUUAUUAUAUAUUUCUGGGUUUAAACAGAGAGGGAAGAUUUCAAUUCAAGUAAACUUUUGAAUCACACAGGCAAUACAAUGAAAUACAGCCCGCUAAAUUGACCAAUCAUAGCACAUGUACAAACUGAGAGAUAUAAAAAUUAACAUUAUUCUUUUUGUAGGACUAUUGUUGCCAACCACAGAGGAUUUGGUGCCUCUCAGUUAAAGGUCAGAGAGUGAAUUUUUCUGAAUGUCAUAACCAUGAGUGUUCAUCAUAUGUUAAUUGCAGCAUUUCAAUUGCAAAGGAUGUCCUGCAAAGGACAUGCCAAGGAAAAUUUGAAUAACAAAGCUUUUUUUUUUUUUUUCCUAACACAGACACCACGUACCUUCUGUGCUGCUAACACUGAAGACCUGAAGUUUGUUCUGUCGCACAUCCAUGGAAUCUAUCCAGAGUCACCAAUUUUGGCCAUAGGAGUUUCAAUGGGCGGGUAAGUUUUCUUAAAAUAAAGGGCAUUUAAUAUAUUUCAGGGUUUUAUGAAUCAUAAUGAUUGACCAUUUCUGAAUUACCUUUGGCCUCUUUGAAUAUGAGGCCUGGUACUCAAUGAUUUGUAUGAAAAUGAGUUUAAUUUGCAUGUGAAUGAAAACUUACAAUCAUAUGAAAGAAUGAGCACAAGGGCUCGCUUGAAUAAGAGGCCAAGAGUAAUUCAGAAAUGGCCAAUUAAGAGGAUACAAUUGUAGAUCUGCUAAAUUGGAAUUUUGUCCAUUCUUGCAAGCACUUUGAAAGGUCAGAGUUAUCAAAAAUUUUUUCCAUAAAAAGAUUCCAUGUUACCUAGGGUCUGUGCUGUUAUAGAUCACAGAAGAUGUCAAAUUGUGGAAAGAACAUAUUAAUCCUUUAACUCCCAGAUCAAAUUUGUAAUUCUCCUUACUGUCAACCAUACAAUUCUUACAAUGCUAGUUCAGAGAAUUUAGUAUUGGAUCAACUAAUUAUCCCCAAAUUAAUAUUUUUCUUCAUUCUCAUCACUUACCUGGUUGAUGUUGUAUUGAUAUUGUAAGGAGAAAUUCUCUCUUGGUCACUCAUGGGAGUUAUGGUUGAGGAUUAAGUGACACACUUAGUUGCACUUGGUGUACCACUUUUUUUGUUCUUACCACACUUUGAUGUCAUCUGUGAUCUAUUACUGAACAGACACAUGACAAAAUGGAAUCUUUAACACAACUAGACUGUGGAAUAAUAUGUGAUUUUUUUUUUGCUUACAGAAUGAUAAUGCUUCACUAUGUAAAUGAAAUGAGUGAGGAAGAUAGACAUGGUCUUGUUGCUGUUAUGGCUGUCUCUGUUCCAUGGAAUUGUAUGGAGUCCUGUUAUUCUUUGGAAGAACCAAUCAACUGUUUCCUCUUCAACAAGCAUCUAACAAGAAAUCUUGUCAACAUGUUGUACAGGUAAAUUCCGCUAGCACAGGUCUUAACCUUUUAACUCCCAGGAGUGAUCAACAUGAAACUUCUCCCUACAAUAUCCGCACAUUAUCCAGCAAACAGCUGAUGAGAAUAUUCAAACUUAUCAGGUAGAAGUUGUUGUCUUGAUCUGGCACCAAAUUCUCAUGACUAAUUUACAAGGAUAUGUGUAGCAGCUACAGGGGAGAAUUAUUAUUCAGAUCUUGGGAGAUAAAGGGUUUAAGGGGAAUCUUUGCUGCCGUUGUUGUUUUAGGUUUACUUCCGUAGCAUAUGUGAUACUGUCUAUGAAUCCAAUUUGAAUUACGGAGCUCGUCAGCUUUAUUUGUAGGAAUCUUGAAAUUUUUGUUUCCUCUUUAACAAGCAUCUAAUGAAAAGUCUUUUAGACAUGAUAUGCAGGAAAAUUCCACUAGAACAGGUCUCGAAGGGGAAUCUUUGCUGCCAUUGUUGUUUCAGUUUUACUUCAUUAGCAUAUGUGAUACCAUCUAUCAGUCUGAUUUGAAUCACUGAGCUCAUCAGCUUUAUUUAUAGGAAUCUUGAAAUGUUUGAAAGGCAUGUGGGAAAACUACCAUUGGAUAUUCACCAUGCAUUGAAGGUAAGUAAAAACUAUCUUUAUUGAUGCCUAGAGAUGCUAUUAAUUAAUACAGUUACACCUUGUGCCCCUUUAAGAGUGUUACCCUUAGUCACUCCUAAAUUUUCAUAAAUGUUUGAGCCCAAUUAAAAUAAUUUUUUAGUGUGGUUGCUCAGGUGAAUGAUUAAUUAAAGAGAUUCUCGCACUUUGAUUGGUCAAAGAUUGCAUGACAUCUUCAUGAAAUCACCUGGUGCAACAUGAUUAUAGCAGGGAGGGCAAAUUUAGAAAUGGCAGCUUUAUGUUAUGAGGUAGCAAUAAAUGUAAUUGCAGAAAAUUAAAUUAUGAAGAACACAAGAAGCACUAUUACUGGUAAGUUUGGGGCAACACUUUUCAUAAAUACUGGUAAGAUACAUUUAUGAAGUUUUUGUUGAUUAAAUUAAUUAAACCUGCUAAGUUUUGGUGGAAAGUGGCUGCUUACCUCAGUACAAGUAAUCAAAACAAUUGAAACAAAACAUGCACAAAACUUCCUUUAUUUCCAGAGUGGUUUCAAAAACAAAACAAAUUUAAAACAGAAUUCGAAAGCACCUGAGCAUGCAACUAUACACCUCAGGCUCAGUGAUCACUGUUGAAUAGUCACCUCAACUUUAUGUGAAUUAUUGUUAAAUAAUAUAAUAGAUGAUGUUGUAUUUGGAAAUAGAUUAUUUUAUUUUAUUUUUUUUUUCAUAGUCUCGGACAAUACGUGAAUUUGAUGAGAGAUUUACAACACCAACAUUUGGUUAUCGCAACUAUGAGGAAUACUACAGUGCUGCCUCCCUUCACACCAAACCAUUACAUACCAUUAAAGUACCUGUACUUUGUUUAAAUGCUGCUGAUGAUCCAUUUUCCCCUUUACAUGGUAAGUGUUUUUUAAUGAAAUCCAAUGAUCCUCUCAUAAAACAUUCAUUUUGGUAUUUCCUCUCCUCUCCCAAAUUUGUUAUGCAACAUUUGUGGCAAAACGCCAAAAAGGAAACCAGCAAAAAAAUUAAUUUGUUUUAUACCUGCCUUGAUGGAUCUUUAUGGGAAAAAUUGUGCACUGGGUCUUUGGUGACACUUUCCAUCUAUGGCCCUUGCCCAUACACAAGACCUCUGGGACACUUUUUACCCAUACAGACCUCUGACCUGGUAAAUAACAUGACGUAACAUAAUAUAAUUUAUUCUUCUCUCAAAGACUCUUAUGAUUGUUUUUGUGCUGCUAUGUUUUGAAGUUGCAGCUGUCUCCACUGACUUAUAAUAUGUUUGGUACUGUACAUCUCACAGGCUUGCAUUUUAUCUAAGUAUGUGGUACCAUAAGCACCUAUGUUAUUUCAAUACAUCAUAUGUGUUUCUCUUCUCUUUCAAAAUACAGCCAUACCACUUGAAGCGCUGGCACAGAAUCCUAUGGUGUCCAUGGUUUUGACAUCAUAUGGUGGACACAUCGCCUUUUUGGAAGGCAUGACAAUUCACAAGUCCAAUUUCAUGGAAAGAUUAUUUUUCCAGUUUGCAAAAGGAGUAUUUGACCUUGUUGAGAAAGACAAACUAAAGGAAAUUGUUAAGGAAUGUUGUUCUUGAUAAUCAAUUUUUGUCUUAAAAAUUUGUUUUGGAUUUUCAUUGAAGACAAGUAUGUCAAUUUUGAGGGCAAAUGUAUUUAUGAAGAAUAUAAUGUCUUGCAACAGCUAGUAGCUUUGCUGUCAUACUUCUGUAUAUUUCAUUUUUAUGGUCAUUAGACCACUUCAAAGGGUCAAAUAAGACAACAGUUACCAUUGUGCUUAAUAGUGUAUAGUCUCACUCACUAAUGUGCCGCUCAAUUUGAAGCUUCAGCAUACCCUCUGUGGACAACCCACAAGCAUAUGACUGUUGUUUGUGCCCUGUGGGUGGGGAAUUUGAGACUUGCCUGGCUGGGGUGGAGAAUUUUAACCGGAAGUGUCAAGUCUUUCCAGCAGAAUACAAAUAAUAUAUCUUUAAAUACAGAGGUGUUUUAAGGUAAAUUGUUUACUUUCACAUGCAAUUGGCUUUGAAGAAAAGAUUUUUAAGGUUUAGGUUUUAAAUUUGGUUAAUGUGUAGAAAGUCAUGGUCACUGAUUUUGCCUUCUAUAAAAAAUUUAGGUGGGACAUUUGAACACAAUUUUUGCCCCAGGGGAUUGAGAAUUUGAACAAAUCAGUCUUCAAAGAAUCAAAUGCAUGGUGGGUUACCUGUUGUGAGGGGGGGGGGGAAGAGGUUGAGGCUUCGAAUUGAUUGAUGCAUAAAAAGUAUCUCAUUAUAUCACUUUAACACUUUUAUCCUCAAGAGUGACUGGCUUCUAAUUUCUCCUUACAGUAUCUCUUUUGAAUCGAAUAUAAAGGUAAUGAGAAUAAAGGAAAUGAUCAUCAAUUUUAAGAGCCCCUGAUCAUCAAUCAAAUUCUCCUUGUCUGUUCUAUAGAAUACUUAGAGAGUUGUGUAUAGAAUGUGAAUGCUUAUGUUAACCCUUGAACUCCCAAGAUUUCAUUAGUAAUUCUCCUUACUGUCUGUCAUACAAUUCAUGUGAUGUUAGUUUGGAGAAUUUGGAAUUGGAUCCACCAAUAAUCCCCUAAUUGAUAUUUUUCUUUAUUCUCAUUACUUGUCUGUUUGACAUUGUACUGAUAGUGUAAGGAGAAAUUCUGCCUUGGUCACUAAUGGGACUCAAGGGGUUAACUAGGAUGUAAAGGGUUAAAUUUGGGACCAAAAUUUGACAUUUUUUUCUUUUGCUUUUCAUGGUGUCAUGUUUGUCGUGUUCACAAAGAACAUUUAUUGUAAAUUCAAUGAUGAUGAUUACAAACAAAUAAUUUAUCCCCAAUCAAGGGCCAAUGUUAUUAACAACAAUCAAAGCAUUGACACAUGUUAUGAGGUACAGUAAAUAAUCAUUAGCUUAGAUAUGUUACAUGAUUGCCAUGUUCUUUAUGCUUCUAAGGUACAGUUAUUGUAAAUUCAAUAACAUUAAGUACUAACAAAAGUUAAUCCUUCCACAAAGGGCCAACAAUACUAACGUUACUCAAAGCAUUAUUAGUAUUUCGUGUUAAUUGUACAGUGGUUAUAUCCAUAAAAAAUGAUGAUAUGCUAAAUGAUGGCUUUCUUUAACUCAUGACUGAAAAAACUUGGAGUAGAUUUUGGAAUUUAAACAAGUACAAGAUUCAAUGUCUAAUAUGUUUACUACUUGAUGUGGAAGCAAUUUUCAAUUAAGAGUUGCAAACAAUCCUGAACUGUUUUGUUUUGCUUCAAAUUCCUCUCUGAUUGGCUUGGAAAACUUGCCCUACUCUUGUAAACAAUCUCUACUUGAUUUCUCUUUCAUUUAGUUAGCCAACCAUCACUGGUGGACUGUUGGCUGAUUGUCAGCUAGUAGUUGGCCAACAGUUGGGCAGCAGCCACAAUUACUCUUGAUUGUCAAAUAAAUUCUCUUAGUCAGCACCUCAGGAAUAUAUGUAUAUGUAUAUAUAUAGUGAGAGAGAUCGAGAAAAGUAUGGAGAAUAUGCAAGUGCAUGUUAAAGGUUAAGUGAAACUUGCUAGUCUUGUCUUAGCUUAAGGUCCGACAAGAUAUCAUUCUUCAUUUGAACUGUAUACUAUAUAUUUAUUUGUGUUAAUUCAUUGAAACUUGGAACAGGCUUUUC